AUGACAGUAAUCAACCACACCACAGUCCCCUACUUUAUCCUUUUGGGACUGACUGAUUGCCCAGAACUACAGCCUAUAAUCUUCGUGAUGAUUCUGCUGAUCUAUAUCAUCACCCUGAUGGGCAACCUCAGCAUGAUCAUCUUGAUCACAAUUGACUUCCAGCUGCAAACACCCAUGUAUUUCUUCCUUAUUAACUUGUCCAUCGUGGAUCUCUGCUAUUCUUCUGUUUUUAUUCCGAGGAUGCUAGUAAACUUCUCAGUGGAGAAUAAGACUAUUUCUUACUCAGGAUGUCUUGGCCAGCAUUUUUCAUUUGUUGUGUUUGUGACCACGGAAGGAUUUCUGCUGGCUGCAAUGGCUUACGACCGCUAUGUCGCUAUAUGCAGCCCACUGCUUUAUACCACUCUUAUGGCCAGAAGAGUCUGUGUUUGCCUGGCAGUUGGGUCAUAUUUAGGGGGACUCUGUAACUCAUUGGUACAUACUUGUGGCUUACUGCAAUUGUCCUUCUGCGGCCCUAAUACCAUCAACCACUUUUUCUGUGACACAAACCCGCUACUACAACUCAGUUGCUCUGACAACCAUCUCAAUGAGCUGGUGCUUGUAACCCUCUCAGGGAUUGUAGCUAUGUCAACGCUUCUCUUUAUCAUCAUCUCCUACCUCUACAUCCUCUCAUCCAUUUUGAGCAUGGGCUCUGCAAGCAGAUACAAAGCUUUCUCCACCUGUGCCUCCCAUCUGACAGCUGUAACACUCUUCUAUGGGCCCGUGAGUUUGAGUCAUGUGCAGCCCAGUUCAAGAUACUCGCUGGAACAGGAAAAAAUUUCUGCGGUAUUUUACACCCUGGUCAUUCCUAUGCUGAAUCCCCUGAUAUACAGCCUCCGGAACAACGAGGUGAAAAAUGCACUUAGAAGGUUGAUGAAGAGAAAAAAAUGCUGUCCAUCAGCAUGCCUGUCAGCAUAA